CACAUAAAGAAACAAACAGGCAUUAGAGGACAUAAAUUCAGACAUUCCAUAGAAUUUUAUUUUUUUUUCCUUUUUCUGCCUCAAAACCAGACAAUCCAUGGGCCUGGCUCUAUUUGGGAAAAUCUUUUUCACAAAACCAGGUUCGAACCCACCGACAUAUACUGCUCUUCUCAUCUAUAUAAGCCUGGUCAAUAAUACUCAAUACUAAAACUCAUGAGUUAAAGCUUUCGUCGCUUCUCAAUUCUACUACCAAGAACGUCGGCAUGAGCAACGAAGCCAACCAGAAAUCCAGCAGUACCGACGAAGAUGACGCUUUCUAUGCAAAACUUAAGAGGGAUAUUCUGCUUUUGAUGGAUGAUGAUGAAGAAGAGUAUCAUGAGGCUCUGUUUUGGAUGGCGAAUAUGGAUAGAGAUUUUCAUGAGGCCAAGAAAUCUGGCGUUGUUUCCGCCGGAGAUUCCCCGGCUGUCGUGGCAAAUAACGAGAAAGCGAAUGGAGAAACAGAAUAUUCACGUGUCACGAGAAACAGCAAUCAGACGUUUUGGAGGCCAAAAUUCGAUAACGAGUAUCAGAAAACAGAGGAUUCUAGAAUUGCCUACGAUGAAAACUGGAGUUUGAGUAGCCAACCAAUCGGUUUCUCCUAUCCAUCGCAGCCCGAGGGAGGUUACUUGUGGACUUAUAUGAUGCCAACCUGGUUCGGCAGCAACCCUGGGGGAAAAUCCAAUGGUACGGGAGUUUUUAUCCCCCCUGACACCAAAUCUCUUCCCCAGAUCAAACCCAAGAUAACAGACAAGCCCAAACCAAACUUGAGAGAGCCAAGAGAACCAAACUCGAGAGUGCCGAGAAAAUCAAACAAACCACCAAAGAAGAAGAGCUCAGAAACGUUCACUACCAAACAGAGAGUUUGAUAUUUUUAUAGAAUGAACAUUGUUAUUUGCCAACCAUGUUCUACUAGAAAUAAUGUAAGCACCAAAGGCAUUUAGGGCCUGAUGGUAAUAAUAAUUGGCGAUACUUCCCUUGCUAUUAUGCAGUCAGCUAUUCUUGUAAUGUAUCAGACAGAAAUAAAGCAUGUAUUUGGCCAAAAUUGAUAUGAAAAAUACUCAAUUAUAUGGCA